AUAGGAUUUUUAAAAUAAAACUCAAAUUAAUUAUUAUUAAAGAAUAAAUAAAUAAAAAAUAGUUUAAUUAGACGAAGAAUGGCCCAAAAAGUAUUAAUGCAAACCUCGCUCCGACUUUCAUUCACAGUUUACAAACCGGAAGUGCCACCUUCACCGAAAACAACCCCAAUUCUAGUUUUACACGGUUUAUUUGGCUCCAAAACAAACUGGAACAGCACGUGCAAAAAAUUAUCGACCAAUUUAAAGUUGAAAAGGGAUAUAAUAGCGAUUGAUUUAAGAAAUCACGGCGAUAGCCCAAAUUUGGAUGACCACAACUACGAUUUGAUGACGGAAGAUUUAAAAGGAUUCAUAGAAAUCGAAAAAUUUGGAGAUAAAGUUAGUUUUUUAGGACACUCGAUGGGUGGGAAAGUCGCGAUGAGAUACGCUUUACUUUUUCCGGAAAAGGUGCAGCAUUUAAUUGUGGUUGAUAUCGCCCCCGUUAAAUACCAACGUGUGAAAUGGGUCGAACACAUUUUGACCACUCUAACAAAAAUUAAGUUGCCACAAAACGUUGAUCGAGCCACGGCUCGAAAUAUCGUUGAGAAACAACUCAAAUCGAAAAUAAAAUCUAAAGAAACUCGAGAGUUUUUAUUAAUGAAUUUGAUUUCAGCUCCAAACGGAAGUUACAAGUGGAAAUGUAAUUAUAAAGUGUUGCAACAAAACGUACAUAAAGUUAUUGAUUUUCCCGAAUUAAAAGGAAAAUUCGACAAGCCUGUUUUGUUUAUUGCUGGAAGUGAAUCGGAUUAUGUGACUAAAGAGGAGGAACCCUCAAUUAAAGCCCACUUCCCAAAUUACAACUUGAUUUAUAUUGAAGGAGCCGGACAUAAUGUGCAUACGGAGAAGCCGAAGGAAUUUAUUGAGUUUUGCACCAAAUAUUUAGAUGGAACUUGAAUUUAAAUUUUAAUUUAAUUCAUGAGCAAUUUUUUUUAUAAUAUAGAUUUUAAUUAAUUA